AAAGAGUAUAAAAAAAAAACAAUAAAAUGAAUGAAGUUAAAUAUAUUAACAAUUAUGGCGUUUACUUAUGCAUAUACAUACAUGUGUGUGAAAAGUAUAUAAAUACAUACUCAUGUAAUGAGAAAAAAAUAAAUUAACAAAGAUGGGAAAAAUUCUUAUAUGCUUCCUUUUCUUAUUUUCCAUCUCCAUUCAGAAAAUAGACUCUAUUCUUACAUUUAGGCAUUACAACAUCGAAAUUUCGAAUCAUCUUGCAAGUAACAAACUGCUUAUGAUCAAUUGUAGAUCCGGUAAAGAUAAAGGAACCAAAGUUGAAUUUCUUCCCGUUAAUGAUGUAUGGACAAUCAAAUUCACAGUUUACCCAAGAACUUUGAUAUGGUGCAACUUAUGGAUGGGACCUAAUUAUGUGCAUCAUGUGAGGUUUAACGCAUUUCUUGGGAAAGAAAGUUUUAUACAUGAUAUAUGUGGAGGUAGGAAACCUAACGUAUGUUUUUGGCAAGCGCAAGAAGAUGGAAUAUAUGUACGCAAUAAUGCAGCCGGAACCUUUAAGUUAAUGUAUAAAUGGGAUACUAUAAAUAAAUUAGAGACUUCUUUUCAAUGAGACAGAUUUUGGUUUAAACCAAGAUAAAAUAAAUAAUGUGGUAAUCUAUUAAUAUUUCGUUUAGUAGAAUGUGUUGUUUUUCGAUCUUUAAGAGUAAGAGUUUGUUGAGAAAUGAUUUAAUUA